AUAUUACCCUCCCGACUCCCUGGGACGUUUCGGGAGCUCACUUUCUCUUUUUGCGUCUGUAUUGAGGAGAGCUCUCUUCUUCGUCUUUUCUUCUUGUGGGAUUAUCUCUUUUGCGAUGGCCAUCCUUCCGGACACAGUUCUGGGUCUGUCGCCCUGGACGUGGUUAUUCAAAAUCGGUCCGAUUGCCAUAGUUGUGUAUACUCUCUUAUGGAUGGUAUAUGCAGUGACACUGCACCCCCUUGCAAAGGUGCCAGGUCCAUUCUGGGCCUCGGUGACGCGCAUUUGGUACAUGUACCAGGUUUACAUGGGAGACAUGGACAAGGUGCAGCGUGCCAUGCACAAGAAGUAUGGUCCUGUUGUGAGAUUGGCGCCAAACGAAGUUACUUCUGCAAACGCGGCCGACAUCCCCAAGAUCUAUCGCCUUACAGACCCGCUGCUCAAGACGGACUUCUACCCGAUCUGGGGCGCGCCGCAGAUUUCGAAGCAGCCGGAUCAGUUCACUUGUAUCGAUGAGAAGGAACACACGCGGUAUCGGAAGAUCGUGGCGCCCGUAUAUUCUUUGGCAAACGUUUUGAAACACGAGGAUUAUGUGGCGAAGUGUACCACCCUCUUCCUCGAGCGCAUGAUGGAGUUUGCAGACAAGAAAGAGCAGGUUGACAUUGGCCAUUGGUUUCAGAUGUAUGCAUUUGAUGUUGUUGGGGAACUUUCUUUCGGAAACAUGUUCGGCUUCAUGGAGAAAAACACCGACAUUGGAGGCUGGAUCGGAGCGCUUGAGGCGCUGAUGCCCGUUUUGUGUGCUGCCGCAAUCGCUCCCACAUAUCUCCGACCAUUCGUCCUGGGCUCCGCAAUCGUCUCUCCAACGGUGUUUAGAGCUUUGAAGUCCUUCGAAGGCAUCCACACUGCGGCUGUUGAUGUCGUCACAAAGCGCGUCAAGGAGAUCAAUGCCGGCAUCGCUGAUCGCAUCGAUAUGCUACAACAGUUCAGCAAGAUCGUUCGAGACAAGGGCGACCAGAACGGGUUCACUGACAAUGAAGUGACUCUUGAGGCGUACAUUGCCAUGCUGGCGGGCUCAGAUACCACUGCGAUUGCUCUCCGCGCCACGCUGUACUUUCUCAUGAAGCACCCUGGCAAGCUCGCGAAAUGUCGCGAAGAGAUCGACGCGCAUCGUGCAAGCCUAAGCUCCCCGAUUCGCUACACGGAGUCGCUCGCUCAGUUGCCAUACACGAGUGCUGCAAUCAAAGAAGCGAUGCGCCUCCAUCCUAGCGUCGGCCUGAGCAUGCAAAGACAUUCUCCCAAGACCGGUGUUGAACUGUCUGGCUACUUCAUUCCUCCGGGUUGGCGUAGGACGCUGAUGAGUUUCAGCCUGAGCGAUGGUUGGAGUCUGAAGCGAGAAGCCGGGAAAUGGAGAAGUCUCUCCUGA